AUGCUUCUCCUAGUUGUCGGUUUGUUUAUUCAUUUCUUUUCUGAAGACACCGAAGCUGCAAAAUUCACGUAUUCUCCAAAUCUCAGCAUGUCUAAUCGCAACAAUUGGCAGAAUUCUGAUGUUCCUUGCAAAGGUGACCACGUCAGAUUUGAGGAUACCAAGUAUAUUUCGGCAUAUUUAAAUGAUGCAAUUAUGUUUGAUUCGAUGUUACUUCCAUCAAAUGGGGUUAUUUAUCUUGACGAGAAAACAAAAAUUGGAAUACCAGCUAAUUGGCAAUGUGAAAGACGAAAAUCUGCAGAAGACGUAUUUUUCUCACCAGAAGAUCGAUUUCCCUCAUUUUUCAAUCCUCAAACAUGGAAAUCGGACGAUAAUUCAUUUUUGCACAUGAAUCAGAUCCCUUCAGAAUUGGACGAUGUUGAGAUUCCGAAGCAAAGUUCAUUCCAAUUAUAUCUCGAUUUGCCAGUGAAAAUCAACCGGAUGAAACUACACGAAAGAGAGGUAUGCGUAUUAAUUUAA